AUGGAGCAAGUAAUUGCAGAGCAACAAAUGGUGGCCUUACCUUCCACAACAAUCAUGGCUGAAGCUCCACCUUGUGUGAGUACCAUUGUUGCCACUAGUGCACCAUCCACAGUUGUUUCCAAGGAGGCAUCAACAACAACAACUACUGCUCCAUCAACAAAAACACCAUUGGUUACCACAACCUUGAUACCAACAAUUCCAUCAACAAUUGCUGCAACUUCAAGUCAAAAUGUUCCUCAGAAACCGGUUGUUAUUCAGAAGGAGGCCACAACUCCAUCUACUAACACAAAAUUACCACCAUGGAUGGAUAUGGUAGCACCUAAAAGGAAGAAACAUGUAAUUUCACCAGAUGAAUUUGAUUUUGAACAAUUGGCUCCUUCCAAAUUUAAAGGUACUAAAAAACCAAAGAUUGUUUCUCGGGUGCUGGUGGAUCCUACUAUCAAAAGGAAAUAUGCUGAGACUUUGGCGACAAAAGUUGAAGAUGAUCUUAUUAUGGCAGGUAAGAUAAGGAAGGAUGCCAAUAAAAUAAAGGUAGUGCCUUUCUUUGAGCCGUCCACUCCAGGUACUAUGGAUCUUAUGAUUCAAAAAUUGGCAAAUGAUUUGCUUGCCUUGAAAAAGAAAGUUCCUCAAAAUAUGUAUUGUACACCAUACAAAGAUAUUCCUAGGGGGAGUUACCCAAAUCCUGCUCCAAACUAUGCUAUAAAGAAUCAAGCCAAGUUGCCUCCUCCACCAGAGAGGCUAGUCCUUAAAGCUCCUCCUCCAAAUGCGUUAGUGGGUGUAACAGAGGGAAUUUGA